AUGCCUACAACACAAGGAGCUCCUAGCCUCAAUUCGAAGGGGGUUUCCAACAUGUGGUGGCUCCCCGAGCAUGAUGCGGAGCUUAUACCGUGUCUUACGGAGCUGGCGGAUGCCGGAAUGAAGGUUGAUAAAAACUUCAAAGCUGAGGCUUACAAAAUAACAGCUAUGAAGAUGAACAUGAAAUUCAAAACUAGCUACACUCACCUUCAUGUGAUUAAUCGCAUGAAAACUUGGAGAAACAAAUUCAAUGAUAUGAAAGCUUGCAUCAACAUAAGUGGUGCGAGGUGGGAUGAGGAAAACUGUAUGGUAAUCCUAGAUGAGGAGACACUUAAAAUAUGGGUCAGUGUCGGCCGGCGUAAGUUCCGCCACGCCGCAUGCCUCCUUCCGAGCAACGUUAACAGUGAACGGAAGAAGGCGGAAAAGAGCUCGGGGUUUAUAUUUAUGUGUAAUUCGAAGACGAAACCGGAGUGCUAUAGGCAUAGGGUCUUCGGGUUGCCCAAGGGGAAGGCCGAGGUCGUGGAGAAGAUCAAGCCGGGGACGAGACUUUUUCUUUAUGAUUUUGAUCUCAAGCUCAUGUAUGGGGUUUAUCGGGCUUCGUCUCAGGGCGGGAUGAAUUUGGUUCGGGAUGCAUUUCGAGGGGCUUUCCCUGCUCAGGUGAAAUUUAAGAUAGAUAAAGAUUGCCUACCUCUGCCUGAGAGUACUUUCAAACAGGCUAUAUUGGAAAAUUAUGACUCAAAGAACAAAUUUCAACCAAGUCUCAGUUCCAAACAGGUCCACAAGUUGCUAGGAUUAUUUCAGCCUAUUACUGGAGCACCUCAGCCUGCACCUCAAUUUGUGGAGAACAAACAUGCUGCUCCCCCUACUCAUUUGCCUCCUACAGACCCAUAUAGACGGGCACAUAUUCCACCUGCUUAUUUACGCCCAUCUGAGGAUUUGUACAGACCAUCUGCACAUCAGGCUCCAUCUCAACUUCCACCCGAGGACCCAUAUAGGCAAUAUGCUUAUCAGCCCCCCUCUCAUUUGCCUCCACCUGAAGAUCCAUAUAGAAUAUCUCUGCAUCAGGCUUCCUCUCAUUUGCCUCCAUAUCAGGCUUCCUCUCAUUUGGCGCCUGCUCAUUUGCCACCUUCUGAGGACCCAUAUCUUGGCCGUGUUCCUGCAGCAGAUUCCCAUUUCAUUACUGCACAUGCCCCCCAAACUUCCAGUAGUGUUUACUAUCCAGCAACGCAUUAUACCCUUGCCCCCCAGUCUGUGGCCCAACCUACUGAUGCAUAUUAUCCUCCUAGUGCUAUUUACCGUCCACCACUGGAAACUGCAAAUGCAUACUACCUGGAGAACCCAAUUCCAGCUGACCAUCUUGCCUAUAGAGCACCCCCUGAGCCUGCUGGGUAUUAUGUGCCGGGGCACAGUACGUACGUUCAGCCGAGUCAGCCAUUGGCAACUGGUCCUGUUUCAUCUCUCUAUUCGUUUGCUGGUGCCGCCCCAGCACAACGCUGAUGUGCUUUUAUGUGUUCCGAUUCCUUCAAACUUAGUUUGUACUCUGCUGUUUCUCUGCCUAGAACAUGAAACCAACUUUGUCUUUCUUAUAUUUUUAGUUUAUUGGACGAAGUACAGUGCAUCAUGUUAGCCAGAAUUUCAUGUUUCUCUGCCUAGAACAUGAAACCAACUUUGUUUUUCUUAUAUUUUUAGUUUAUUGGACGAAGUGCAGCGCAUCAUGUUAGCCGUAAAAUCAUCUUGUGCUCUUGUUGCAGGCUUCUAACUUUAUAAAAUUCUGCAUGUAUUUGCACAUCGCCAUCAAAUUCUUUCAUCAUUCAACUGUAACAAGCAAAUCCGAAGGAUAAGGUAUCUAUGGGGAAUCCUUGCCAUCA